AUAUCCCGCUUCCCUCGCCAUCGCCUGGAACUGCUUCAUGUCGAUGAAGUCACGCUCGUUCUUAAUAUCAAAUACUCUGCGUAGGAUCUCCUUGUUCUCCUUUGUCAAUCCUUUAUCCGAAUUCUUCUCAAAUAUCUUGUCAUGUGGACUCUUCUCCUGCCCGGAGGACGCGGCCGGUCCAUCGGUUCCAUUCUGUGAAGAUGAGAUUGGCGAAGGUGUCACCGCUAAGGGUGAUUUGAGGGUAUUGCGAGUCCCCGCCGAUGAAGGAUUGUGACGAGUGUACUCUGUAUUGCCCGAGAGUUUCGACCACCGCUUCCCACUCCCGGGACGCUUGAAACCGGUUUCGCGGAGCUCGUUUUGAAAGAUCCUGGGAUCAAACGUGGCGAUUCCGUCGUGGGGUUCGGCGCUUUCAUUGUCGGGUUUGGUUCUUUUGCUGCCGUCGGGGCGGCCGUAGACGGGCUCUUCUUCUGGUGGCUCUCUCUCCUUAGGUAACGGCUCCGAUGCUGGGGGCGUUUGGACUGCUCCCGAAGUGGUGUUCAAUCUUAGUUUGCC